AUGUACGUGGGCUAUGUGCUGGACAAGGACUCCCCGGUGUACCCAGGCCCCGCCAGGCCCUCCAGCCUCGGCCUGGGCCCUCCGACCUACGCGCCCCCCGGCCCGGCGCCCGCACCCCCGCAGUACCCCGACUUCGCGGGUUACACGCACGUGGAGCCCGCCCCGGCGCCCGCGCCCCCUCCGACCUGGCCCGCGCCCUUCCCUGCGCCCAAGGACGACUGGGCAGCUGCCUAUGGCCCGGGCCCCGCGGCCCCCGCCGCCAGCCCGGCCCCGCUGGCCUUCGGGCCCCCUCCGGACUUUAGCCCGGUGCCCGCGCCUCCCGGUCCCGGUCCUGGCCUCCUGGCGCAGUCCCUCGGCCCGCCGGGCGCACCGUCCUCGCCAGGAGCGCAGAGGCGGACACCCUACGAAUGGAUGCGGCGCAGCGUGGCGACCGCAGGCGGCGGUGGCAGCGGUAAGACUCGGACCAAGGACAAGUACCGCGUGGUCUACACAGACCACCAGCGCCUGGAGCUGGAAAAGGAGUUUCACUACAGCCGCUACAUCACCAUCCGGCGCAAGUCAGAGUUGGCUGUUAACUUGGGGCUCACAGAGCGGCAGGUAAAAAUCUGGUUCCAGAACCGUCGGGCCAAGGAGCGCAAAGUCAACAAGAAGAAGCAGCAGCAGCCCCCGCCGCCGCCGCCGCCGCCGAUGCCUCCCUCACAGCUGCCCCUGCCCUUGGACGACAACCCCACACCAUCAGGGCCACCCCUGGGUAGUCUGUGCUCCACCAGUGCAGGCCUUCUGGGUACCCCCUCCCCAGUGCCUGUUAAAGAGGAGUUUCUACCCUAGACCCUUCCAGCCUGGGGCCCAGGGAUCUAGGGACUGGAAUGCUGGGCACCCGGCUUUGCGGGAGCCCAAGAAGCCGGUUCUGAGUUCCAACCCUGCUGCUGACCUUUGGGGUCACUGUGGACAGAUUGCCUACCUAGGACAAGUCGCUUGCCAACUCCCUGCCUCCCU